UUUCUAGAAGUUGAUAUUCCGAAUAUCAGGACCUGGGUCAGGUGCUUCCAAGUGGGGCCCAGCCGUUGGUUUACAUGGGGAAGGAAGAAGAUGCAUUGUAGGCAUGGGGGCAUCGGGUUACAGAGAGUCCCGCUGCCGUUUCCUUGCCGAGUAAGCGUGAGGCGCGGUGCGCUUGCUGGUUCCGCUGCUCUCUGGGAGCUGCCUCUUCACUUCAUUCUCCUGCAACCAGGUCUUCUCCGAGGGAGGAAGCAAGCAAGCAGCCCGCCAAGCAGUGGAUUGCUUUGAUCCUGUCUGCUGUACUCCAUCCACUGUGGCUUUGAGGAAGAAGCCAAGAUGGAGCUUCUGCAGAGGUGGUACGUCAUCACCUGCUUCCUCCUGGCCCAUGCAGAGGCAACCACCAUGUAUGGAGAAAUUCUGUCUCCGAACUAUCCUCAGGCAUAUCCCAACGAUGCUCUGGAAUCCUGGAAAAUAAAUGUUCCUCCCGGUUAUGGCAUCCAUCUCUACUUCACCCAUUUGGAUAUCGAGCCAUCUCAAAACUGCGAGUAUGACUUUGUGAAGAUCCUGUCCGGUAACCAAGUUGAGGGACAACUCUGUGGGCAGAAGUCAAGCCAAAUUCCUGGCACGGCUAUCCUGGAGGAGUUCCACUUCCCCUACAAUAGCUUGACCAUCACCUUCCAGUCCGACUUUUCCAACGAAGAGAGGUUUACUGGGUUCGCUGCCUAUUAUGUUGCACAGGAUAUGAAUGAGUGCAUAGAUUUUGCGGAAGAGCCGUGCAGCCAUUACUGCAAUAACUACAUCGGGGGCUACUUUUGCUCUUGCCCACCAGAAUAUUUCUUGCAGGAGGACCAGAAAACGUGUAGUGUGAACUGCUCUGGGAACGUUUUUACUGAACUCUCUGGGGAAAUUGCCAGCCCCAACUACCCCGGUCUUUAUCCUGAGAACUCAAACUGUGAUUACCGUAUUGCUCUGGAGUCAGGAUACCGCGUGGUUCUGACUAUCGGGAAAGACUUCAGCAUUGAGGCCCCGGACAUGGAUGGCAACUGCGUGGACAGCCUAACGUUCACAGCAGGGGAUCAGCGUUUUGGUCCCUACUGUGGCAGUGUAUUCACCGGUCCUCCAGAAAUCAAGACUACAAGCAAUAUCGUCGACAUCUUGUUCCAAACAGACCAAACAAUGCAAGACAGGGGCUGGAAAAUCCGCUAUUCUGCAGAGCCAAUUCCCUGUCCACAGGAGGUUACUCCAAACUCUGUUCUGGAUCCCGUAAGAGACCAUUAUGUCGUUAAGGAUACUGUGAUGGUGACUUGUGUCGAAGGCCAUGAGAUUGUGCUGCCACACGGCAGCCUUCGAUCCUUCUAUGCUAGCUGUCAAAGCAAUGGGAAGUGGAGCAGCUCUGACCAAAGAUGCGUUCCUGUGGACUGUGGCAUGCCAGAUGAGCUUCGAAAUGGAGAUGUCACUUUUCUAUCAGGAUCUGAGGCAACCAUGUAUGAAGCCACUAUCCGCUAUUCAUGCAAGCAUCCCUAUUAUACGCUGAAGGACGAAGGAGAUGGAGUCUAUCGAUGCUCAGCCAGUGGGAAAUGGGUGGAUAAAGAUGAGAAGACAGACCUUCCAGUUUGUAUCCCAGUCUGUGGACUUUCCCAAGCACGCACCGAAAUUGGGAGGAUAUUCGGAGGUAGAAUUGCUGAUGAAGGAGAGGUCCCUUGGCAAAUCUACUUUGAACAGCCGCGGGGUGGUGGGGCUCUUAUUUCAGACCGCUGGAUUCUUACUGCAGCUCAUGUGCUGGAUGGUAACCCAAGCCCAACUAUCUAUGCUGGGAGGCACAUGGUUGGCAAAAACGUCUUGCGUACUGUCAAGCCACUGGACGUGGAGGGUUCCUUCAUUCAUCCAAAUUGGGCAAAGGUUGUGACGGACACUCGGACAAACUUCGAUAAUGACAUUGCUCUGUUGAAACUGAGGGAACCUUUGACGAUGGGCCCCACCAUUUCACCCAUCUGCCUGCCAGGUCCGUCUCCGGAAUAUGAUCCUGCACAGGGGACCAUAGGCUUUGUAGCCGGCUGGGGCAGGACAGAAGUGUCUAAAGCCUCAGUAAAACUCAGGCUAGCCAAUAUCCCUGUCAUGGGCAUGGAAAUGUGUGAAAGAGUGAAGCCAGAUCCUCCCGCAGAUUCUUUGUCGUAUGUUUUCACAGAGAAUAUGAUUUGUGCUGGGAAUGGGCAGCAGGACAGCUGUAAGGGGGACAGCGGUGGGGCAUAUGCUAUCCAGGACCCCAAUAAUGAGUCACGUUACUACGUCGCUGGCCUGGUUUCUUGGGGACCAAAAUGUGGCACCUAUGGUCUUUACACAAAGGUGGCCAACUAUGUAGAUUGGAUUACAGGAGUAAUAAAUCGCCAUGAAGACUCAGAAGACUAGGUGCCUCUCACCCCAGGCGCCUGUCUCCCCAGGCACACACUGGCUGUCAUGAUGUUUUGCUCUAUUCCAAGGGGUAAAGCAAAAGUGAGGGAAGUCUGAAGCUGAAGUCCAUGUUAUUUCAACUUGCUUUACUCUGCCUGUUUCCUCUGCCUUCAUGAAAAGCAAAAUAACAACCUUUCUGUCUCUUUCUUGAUACCCAAGUCAUUCUUUUAAUCUUUGGAAGCUAACAGAUCACCUGUGUAACUGAGUGGAUCAUGUCAAUUCCUUGCAAAGUAUUCACCCUCUUUGUCUUUUCCAUGUUUCCUUGUGUGACAACCGGGGAUUAAAAUGAUUUAAUUGGCAUUGUUACCACUUGAUGUACAUAAAAUAUGCAACACUGGGAAGGUGCAAAGUGGUUUUUUUUAAUUGUGGAAGGAAAGUUAUGCAAACAAAAAAAUCUGGAAAGUGGUGGUUGUAUCAGCAUUCACCCCCUCCUUUGCUGCGACUUGCCUAAAUAGCCUCUAGGGCAACCCAGAGUACAAUUCGUAGGUUGCAUGAAGUCCAUCAGUGCACAGUUCUAGCGCCACGUGAUGUGGCAUGUGUAUGUAAUCAGUAUUAACAUUGGUUGUAUGCCAGGUGCUGCAAGGACAGGCUCCCAGGCCGUGAGAUGUGUUCCGUAAACUUGAGUUCAGGAGGAGGGACAUCAUGACUUGGGCUAACCAGUGUGAAUGAGAAAGAAUGAAUGAUGAAUGAUGGAAUUCUUGCAGAAAAAGGUAAGAUUUCCCCUCAAAGAGAUUAAGUAAAACAACCCUGCAAGGGCGACUACCAUUGUCCUGAGCAAGCAGGAUAAAUCACCAAGAGGUGAGGGAAGGGGCACGAGACAUUGGUAAGCACCCUAUGAAUAGAGGCCAGCAAACACAGGCAAAAGGACCAGCCUUCUGCCAAUGGCAAGCAGGCACGGUUAGGUAGACGGAUCGAUUGCUACAGUCACCAAGAGCUGUCAGGUAACCAUCAAGCACUUAGCAUAAGUCUGAGAAAUAAUGGGAAGCUUUCUGCUCCCCUAGAAGCAAACACAAGGGGAAAGGGUGCAAGACCAGGGCUUGGAAAACAGAAGUGGGCAAGCUCUGAACAGGGGCCUGUCACCCAGCCUGGGGGUGGACGUCUUGCACCCCUCCUGCCUGUCCAAGGGGCUGCUGCUGAGAGUUCACUGUGUGGGACAACCCACAGACCGGUAGCAGCCUUUGGCUCCCUCUCUUUUCCUUUCGACUUGUAUCCAGAAGGCUGUCAGGGAGAAGCCUCUUGCUUGCUUAGAAAUAUAGAGUAAGGCUGGACUGCCGGAGGACGAUUGCUGCCUAGACAAUACCAGGGUCUGUACCUGCUUUGUAUUUCCUUCUGAAUAAACUCUCCUUUGUUUUCUAA